GAGUCGGCGGGAAUGCGGCUGGGCCGGGGCCUACGUCCCAAAGCGGCCCGCAGCCAGCUUUAGGUCAAACACUUAAGUUUUUGAGACUCAGCGCCGUUUAAUGGUGCGCUGAGUUUGCCCUGCAAGGAGGUGGUUUUAGAAUAGAUUUGUUGAAUUUAUGAGACCAACUUGUGCUGAUUCAGAAGCCCUGGGUGCAGUGGACAAGGUGUGUGCACCACUGCAGCAGCACUGACCAGCAUCCAUGAGUCUUCUGUUGGAGUGACUCAACAAAAGUGCGUUCCUGAAGAGACUGGCGGAGAAAUACUUUUCUUGAUUCCUGCACUCAAUAUUCAAAUCUACCACUGAAAUCAACAAAAAAGAAAUGAUAAAAUUUUUUCUUAUGGUUAACAAGCAAGGUCAAACAAGACUGUCUAGGUAUUAUGAGCAUGUAGAAAUUAAUAAACGGACAAUGCUGGAAGCUGAAGUGAUCAAAAACUGUCUCUCCCGUUCAAAGGAUCAGUGCUCUUUCAUUGAGUAUAAGGACUUUAAGCUGGUGUACCGACAGUAUGCAGCCCUUUUUGUAGUUGUUGGCAUCGACCAGACAGAGAAUGAGAUGGCUGUAUAUGAACUAAUUCAUAAUUUUGUGGAAGUUUUGGACAAAUACUUCAGCAGAGUGAGUGAAUUAGAUCCCAAUGCAGAGCAGUGCCAGAGUAGUCCUCCAGACACAUCCAAGAAUUGGAAGGCACAAAAUGAAGGCAAAGUGGUUCUGCUGAGCACAGUGAAGAACACAUUUAAAAAGCAGCAACAGGUGGCAAGCAAGGCAGACGAAGGGUUAUUCAUGCCUCUGUGUACGUGUAUGUCAGUGAGGCACAACAGAUGCACCCAGCAGGCUGGUUUGCUGUGCCCGUUUCCAUUUCGGGUUCUGGUGAUAAAUGGCAACAUACGAGUCCUUUUUCACUACGCAACCCUUUGCAGUUGUUAAGUGGAUGCACCCAACACUCGUGUCUGCAUGAAUGCAGUCAUGUAUCACGAAUGCCCACCACUUAAUACCCGAGUGGGGCCUGUCAUCGGGGGUUUGAGACAGAUGCUGUUAGAUAAUGUUAAGUAAAGACAGACAUGAUUAUGGGCAAAUUUCAUAUAUCACAACUGUGAUGUACUGAAGCAAACUGAACAAAUACAUAUUGCUUCAGAUUAUUUUCUUACAGCUGAAUAUGAGAGAUUAUAAAUAUAUUUUAGAAAGUAUUUAAAAUAUGAACCAUUUAUUUACUUUUGCUCUUCUUUAUGAGAUUUAUUGUUAGAUCAGUGACUCAACUUUACAUAUCAGCAUAUUCCUCUUAAGCUAUUUCCAAGCAGAUCAAAUACUAUUAAGUAACUUAGGGUAAGGAAAAUUUCAGAAUCCAAUUUUUAAGAAUUUGGCAACUGCUUUUCUAGGAAGAAUGCAGAAUAUUUGCAUCUUCACAUUCAAGGCUGUUAUCCAUGAAUAACAUUUUAUAUCCAAACAAUACAUGGUACUCAGACAGACAGUAAAAUUAACCACCUAUAUCUAAGUUUAGUUUGCUUUUACUACUGUGCACUAGUACUACUACUGUAUUCCAGGAGAGGAUAUUGCUGGGGCUUCAGCUUUUCUACUACAAACUUCUGACUGCCCUGUGAUCAGAAAAAAAGUGUCCCUUGAACUGUUUCCCUAGCUCUAUUAAAAUAAACAGUCAAAUAAACUAGAAUAAGUUAAGAAACACCUAUCUUUGUAAAUUUUGGUUAAAGAUUUAGGUGCCUAAGAUU